CUUCUCGACCCUUUGCUCCAUCCCCAGCCCAAUCAAGCCGCAGAACCUUCUCCUUCUUCACCAGAAGCUGCUAUGGCACACCAAAACAUCCCCAACAUCGACCCAAGAAGCGGCUUCUGCUCCACUAAUUCUAUCUUCUACAGCAAAAGGGAUCCCGUCCCCCUCCCUCCCAAUUCCAACCUCGACAUCACAACCUUCAUCUCUUCUCAGCCUCACUUCGGCACCACUGCCUUCAUCGACGCUUCCACCGGCCGCAGCCUCUCUUACUCGGAUCUCUGGCGCUCCGUCAAUGGCCUCUCCUCUUUCCUAUCCUCCGUCCAUGGUAUCUCUAAAGGCAACGUGGUCCUCAUCCUCUCUCCAAACUCCCUCUACUUCCCCAUCGUCUCUCUGGCCGUCAUGUCCCUCGGGGCCAUUCUCACCACCGCCAAUACACUGAACACCCCUCCCGAAAUUUCGGCCCAGAUCGCAGACUCCAGACCCGUCCUCGCCUUCACUACCCGUUCCCUCCUCCCGAAGCUCGCCGGCCAUGAAUUCCCCAUCCUCUUCCUCGAAGAGAAAACGUUACUGGAGUGGACGGACACCGACAGCCAUCAGCGCUCGCCGCCGCGCGAACCAGUGAGCCAAGACGACACGGCGAUGAUUCUCUACUCCUCCGGAACCACAGGCAAAAGCAAAGGGGUAAUCUUCACGCACCGGAACUUGAUCUCCGCGAUUUGGAUUUUCCACACGAACCUCAAAGCUGAUGGCGUGAAGUCGAAAACGUUCAUCUGCACGGUGCCGAUGUUCCACAUAUACGGCAUGGCAGCAUUUGCCAUCGGAAACCUGACAAUAGGAUCGACGGUGGUGAUUAUCUCGAGAUUUAAUAUGGAGGAGAUGCUCCGAGCAGCGGCAGAUUACGGGGCAACACAUAUUGGGAUAGUCCCGCCUGUGUUGGUGGCCAUGGUGGGGUCGGAUAAGGUUUUAUCUUUGGGAACGGUGAAGAAGGUGGCUUGCGGCGGUGCGACGCUGGGGCGAGAGAUGGUGGACGAAUUUCGGGAGAAGUUUCCGGGGGUUCAUAUAUUGCAGGGGUAUGGACUCACAGAGGCGACCGCAUUGGGAUCGUCGAUUGUUACGGAGGAGGAGAGCAGGCGGUACGGAUCGGUAGGGUUGCUAGUGCAGAAUACGGAAGCGAGGAUUGUGGAUCCGGUGAGUGGGGAGUUCUUGCCGGUCAAUCGGAAGGGGGAGCUCUGGUUACGCGGACCUUACGUAACCAAAGGUUAUCUUAAUAAUCCCGAGGCGACCAAAUUAACAGUAGACCAGGAAGGCUGGCUUAAAACAGGAGACCUCUGUUACAUUGAUGAGGAUGGUUACCUCUUUGUGAUCGACCGCAUCAAAGAACUCAUAAAGUACAAGGCUUACCAGGUGGCGCCCGCGGAGUUGGAGGACUUAUUGCUAAAGCAUCCAGAGAUCAUUGAUGCUGCUGUGAUCCCGUUUCCAGACAAGGAGGUUGGGCAGUAUCCAAUGGGUUAUGUUGUGAGGAGGAAAGGAAGCGAGCUAUCAGAGUCGAUGGUAAUAGAUUUCAUAAGAAAACAAGUAGCAUCAUACAAGAGGAUUAGACGUGUGGCUUUUGUGCAGGAGAUCCCGAAGAAUCCGUCGGGAAAGAUACUGCGUAAAGAUCUCAUACAGCACGCCACCUGCAUCUCCUUGCUCUGAACAAAUACUCCCUCCAUAAUCCUAUUUUGUUUGUUUUUU